CACAUAAAUACAGGAACAUGUACGCGAUGCACGUGCCACAACAAACAUGGCGGCGCUCAGGCCAGGGAAUGAUGACAAGGCGUGGAACGAUCCUCCAGUGUUCGCCUACACUGACGUCCAAGGCACACCCGCCGCAGCGGCGCCCAAGAGGAACCUUUUGAACAAGAGGGUACCCUUUCCCCAGGAUGGUAUAAAGCCUCAGAAUGCACCGUCUGCUACUGGCACAGCGCCGCCUCCUUCAGGACAAGCAACAUCAUCUGGGCUUUUCAAAGCAGCCCAUUCAGGUAACCUCACAGAAGCUAGUAAUAAGGCUGACCAAAAGGAGGCAGAAGAGGUAAAUGAUAGUCCCAAGGCGACCCCGGCCUGUUCCCCAGAAAACAUCAAAGAAGAGACUCUAAGCAACCUCAACAAAGCUGCCAGACAGUAUGCACAGAACAUGGAGAAGAGAAAGCAAGAUGAUGUAAAAAAGCGAUUAGAUUUAUUCAAAAGUGUUUGGGAGGAGGGAAAGCUCAGUCUACCAGUACAACAACGAAUGCACGAGUUAGCACUGGAGCUUCUGAAUGGAAAUCACGAGAAGGCAAACGCACUUCAUGUUUCCCUAAUGGUGGACUACGUAAGUGAGGUCAGUCAGUGGAUGCUUGGCAUCAAGCACCUUAUCUUAGCAGCCCAGGCAGCACAAGAAAAGCCUGCUAGUGAAGCACAGGAGUCCACUUGACCUCUGCUGAAACAGUGUUAGACGUGAGGAAAAGCCUGCUGAAACAGGCCGCUCCUUUUGUUUUAAAAGGAGGCCGUUUAAUGCUCAUUAAAAAAAAGGAAGCGGGUAACUUUCUCCUGUGAAGGCAAUAUUUGGGUAAAUUUUCUGGCCUUCUCUUCAAAUACAAGUGGAAUUUCAGACAUAUACUUAUGCCUAAUGGCAUUUGUUGUGGUUGUAAGGUGCUGCAAAAUUUAGGAAUUGAAAUGCAUUUGUGAUAUGCUUUCUUGAUAAAAGCUUUUGUGAGCUCA